UUCAUUCCAUUUUAUUCAUACUCUCAUAUCAUUCGUGUGUGUGUGUCUGUUUUGCUUUCCAUGCUGCUUCUUCUUCACCAUCUUUCUCUCUUCUUGCUUCUUUAAACAACACAACAUCAACACCUACAUCAAUAUCUGCAUUAACACCCCACCCACAUUCCAAGCUGCAACCUUUCUGUGAUCAUCAUUUGAGAGAGAGAAAUGGGGAAUUCAUUUGGGUGCUCAGCCUCUGGAGAGAGGCUGGUGUCGGCGGCAAGGGACGGCGAUUUGGUUGAGGCCAAGAUGCUUCUAGAAUGCAACCCUUGUCUUGCUAAAUACUCAACCUUUGGUGGCCUCAAUUCCCCUCUUCAUUUUGCAGCUUCCAAGGGCCAUAACGAGAUUGUGGCUUUGUUGCUUGAGAAUGGAGCUGAUGUGAAUUCAAGGAACUAUUGCGGCCAGACGGCUUUGAUGCAAGCUUGUAGAUAUGGUCAUUGGGAAGUUGUUCAAACCCUUCUGCUCUUCAGAUGCAAUGUUGUGAGAUCGGAUUAUCUCAGUGGGAGGACUGCUCUUCACUUUGCAGCUGUGAAUGGGCAUGUAAGAUGCAUUAGACUCGUCAUGGCUGACUUUGUUCCAAGUGCUCCGUAUGAGGCUUUACAUGCUCCCACGGAUGCUGACAUUGAUGACGGAUCAAAUGUUAAAAGCAAACAUGAACAAAGCGCACUGUCCAAGUUUGUAAACAAGGCGGCUGAUGCCGGUAUUACAGCCCUUCAUAUGGCUGCCUUAAAUGGCUAUUUCGAUUGUGUACAACUGCUUCUUGAUCUUAAUGCAAAUGUCUCAGCUGCGACAUUUCACUAUGGAACGGCAAUGGAUUUAAUAGGAGCCGGAAGCACUCCAUUGCAUUAUGCUGCUUGUGGGGGAAAUUUGAAAUGCUGUCAGAUCCUCCUUUCGGGAGGUGCAAGUCGGACAGCUUUGAAUUGCAAUGGAUGGCUUCCACUCGAUGUUGCGAGGAUGUGGGGGCGUCACUGGCUUGAACCAAUAUUAGCACCCACUUCUGAAGCUACAAUACCAUCUUUCCCUCCAUCAAAUUAUUUGUCCUUGCCACUUAUGAGUGUCCUCAACAUAGCCAGAGAGAGUGGAUUGCAAUCAUCUCCUACCUCUUCCGACGAAAUUGAUUUUUGUGCCGUUUGCCUGGAGAGGCCAUGUUCAGUGGCUGCAGAAGGAUGUCGACAUGAGCUUUGUGUUAAAUGUGCACUCUAUCUUUGCUCAACAAGCAAUGUUUCGUCCGAAAUGCUCGGCCCGCCGGGCUCCAUCCCUUGCCCUCUAUGUAGACGUGGAAUUGUCUCUUUUGUCAAGUUACCAGGUUCACAAGCAAGAGAGACUAAAGUCAACGGAUCGCUCGGCUUAUGUACUCCAUGCAUGCUACAUCCACGUGACAUAAAUCGGCCUUCUUUCUUUCAUACACCGGAGAUUCGAAAGAAUCGUGUCGCUUCUAUUCCUUCAGAGAUGCUUUGCCCUGUGACUUGUAGUCCAUUUCCAUCAGUUGCACUUCCUCUAUGUACCUGCAAUGAUGGUCCUUGUCCACCAUUUGAGCCACGAGAAGUUGAAGCUCAAGAUGAAUCGCCUCGUCACUCACAAGUAUCAUCAACGGAUCAGGAUAAAAUGGAAGGGCCAAGAUUGGAGAAAACAACAUGCUCAAGCAUGUUUUGGGGUAGAAGAAGUUGCAGCAGGGAGCAUCAAUGCAAUUCAGAGAUCAACGCUUGAUGCGACGCGACGGAACCCGAGAAGGUGUACGUAUGAUCCUUCUUUUUUGGUGGAUACAGUAUACAAUUUGUUGAAGAAAGAAAGCUUCUAUGCAGAUGUGUUUUCUGGGCACAGGUUGCAUAAUAGGUGAUAAAUAACUUUCUUGCAUUGAUUGCAUUUCAACAUCCCUCAAGCUAUGUAGUUUCCAUCAAUGAUAUUUACCGGGGAUUUCUCUAAUAUUCUGAUUUAGAUUGUUAUUUUAAUUGAUUGCAAUUUGAUUUAAAUUUUUCAUUAGUGAAAUGGUAGGGUGGAAAUAUGUAUCAGAUUAGAAGAUUCUGUAUAUUAUUAUGAAACUUACAAGCCUUUACGAAGUAACAUAUUUGAUCACCAGAUACAUUUGUAAU